AUGACUAACCUGUGCCGCAUAUUGUCUUUGUUUGGUGUUUUUUUGGCAGUUUACGGUCAAAACAUCGAAGAUGAUGUUCAUCACUUUACGAAUCCAGCGCAUGGCAACGCUGUCUGGAUAAUCGACGAUUCAAGUUUACCAUGGAAGGGUGGAUACAAAUUUCUGAGGUCGCUAACUGGUGCUCCCACCACACUGUUAUCCGUUGUUGACAGUUCGACGGGGGUCACUCUCGGACAGUGUAUCGCGCCGCAAGACUUUAACGAGAAUCACACUAAGAAGUGGGAAGACUUCCAAUGGAAGCUCACAUUGGCACACCUUGAAUGCACAUUUGGUGGUUCCAAUUCGACUCUCAUCCCAUUCAACAAUGGUGCUGGAACGCCAAGAACAUAUUCUGUUCGAAUUCAAGCAGCCACCGGCCCGUCUUGCCUUCGAGACCUCACCGUACAAGACGAGCAGCCAACGGGAUGUCCGCCACAUCUAACGCGUAACUCAUUCAGCGCCAACGCAUUCAAUUGCUCAUGCCCAUAUUUGAGUUCUGCCAUGGAAGACGGCGAAUCUGAGACCGAAGACAUCGACAUGCUUGCCAAUUCACCACAAUUCCCACUUUUCAAGGGAAUCGAACAGGGUAGCGGGGUCACGAAACCAUGGACACUUUCACCUUCGCCAUGUGCUCAACACGAGUGCUUGAACAAUGGAACUUGUUUGGUUUCUCAAGAGGGAACUGCUACUUGCCUUUGUCGCAAUGGAUUCACCGGUAAUCAAUGUGAGCUCGACGUGUGCUCCUCAGUGCCAUGCCAGAAUGGCGGCGUUUGCCGAUCAAAUGCUGGAAUUGCUUACUGUGAUUGCGCACCUAAUUUUACCGGUUUACUCUGUGAAUCGGGUCUCGAGGAAGGUGUGAGGCCAACAUGCAAUCCAGAAUGCUCGAAUGGCGAAUGCGUUGAGAAAAACGGAAUUGCUCAAUGCGAAUGCCGUCAAGGAUUUACAGGAUCCAACUGCAACGUCUUGGAUGUUUGUUUAGGGGAUGCUGCGUGCUCCAUGUUUGGACCAAAUGCGAAAUGCGUUCUUGACGAUAAUAUGGAUAACUUCACUAGCACUAUCUUGAUUAAUGGAACGUAUGAUUGCUACUGCCCACAUCCAAUCAACGGACAAUUUGUGGAUUGCAUGCAACUGCAUGCUCCAACUACCGGUGUGCCAACAUCCGGAGCACCAGCGACGUUCCCAGUAUUGGAAAUGUCCAAAAUCCCUAUUGCUUCUUCAACGUCGACUCCUAUCAUGGCUCCGGUAUCGACAAAUGUGCAAACUGAGCCAGUGCAAACUUCUCGAGUUACGGUCACCAGAGAGCCAAUGAGACCGAUUGAGAUUACAAUGUCCACGACGCUGCCGCCUCCAUUCAGUCAACACAUUAUUACAGCGGGUAAUGUUCAAACGGUUCCAACCACUAGUCAGACGCAAACAACGGAAACAUUUGCCACCGCGGAGACCAGCUUUGCUACACAAUCCCCAACAACAUUCAUUUUCCCGAACACCCCUGAAACAACGGCAAUUCCAUCGUCAAACUCUCCACAAACCAAAUUUGUGCAACCAAUGGUUCCUGACAAUGAGGAUCAUCGCGAGGAAGAAGAAGAGGAGGAAGAGGAGGAAGACACUGAAGAGCAAUUCCCAACUCCAAGCACAAUGAACAUGAUUCCAGUGAACUUCAUGACAACCACUGCUCAAACAACAAUGUCAUCAACCACGGUUGCUCUAGAGACGACCACCACCGAAGAGGAGGAUGAAGAAGAGGUGGAGGAAACCGAAACAACCAACAACGGUGACAUGACGACCGAAGUAACCGAUGAGCCGACCGAAGCAACGACGACGACAAUGGAGGAUACAACAACUGAAGAGUUUGAGGAUGAGUCCGAGGAGAGCCAAACGUCAACAACCGCCCAGACCGGGUUGCCAUUCUGGAUGACGUCGAGCACGACGAGUGAAAUUCAAGAGGUCACCACAAUGACCCCUGUUGUACAGCCAGAGGUGACAACCACGGAAGAGAGCAAGGAAGCACAACCCGAAGAGCCGACAGACGGCAACGCUGUGUUGAUGCCAAAGAACACUGUGCAAGUGACAACACCCGAUGGCGUGAUUCAUCAACAUUCGUCGAACGGAAAACAGUCGAGCGCAGCGGCGAGCUGGAUCAUCGCGAUAAUUGCCCUGAUCGUGCUUGGUCUGUUGUUGCUCGCCACUAGCUUGUUCAUCCUUCGCUACAUUCGACAAUCGCGUAAGCUUCAUGGCAAGUACAAUCCGGCUCGUGAGGAACACAACCUCUCGGCAGCCUAUGCCAUGCCGAUGUCCCAUAUCGCCAAAGAGGAAAGACUUAUUUAA